AUGCGGCCGAGCACGCGCGAUGAGUUCAAGAUCGCCAUCAUCUGCGCUCUCCCAGUUGAGUGCGACGCGGUCCUCGCGCCGUUCGACGAGACCUUCGACAAAAUCGGGCCAAAUCUGCGGGAUCCAUCCUGGAGACGUCAACUAUUGAGUCAGAUGCCCGGCAUGGGAAAGGUCAGUGCGACUGGUGUCGCAUCUAACUUGUGCAUCAGCUUUCCCGGCCUAAAGCUCGCUCUGGUGGUCGGAAUCUGCGGUGCUAUUAUCCUGGGAGAUGUUGUCAGUGAUUGCAUCGUCGAGUAUGACUUUGGACGGCAAUAUCCAGAUGGUCUGAAGUUGCGCGAAACACGGAGGGAAUUGGAAAAGGGGCUAUCUCAUAAUCUGCGGAGUCUUCAGGCGCAGAAUCCCACAUGGCAGCACCCCAGGACUGCGCAUGACGUGCUCUUUGAGGAUUCCUAUCGCCAUAGGCACUAUCAAAAUGAUACUACUGAUCUUGUGUGUGAAAUGGCCCUUCUGAAAGAUUGUAAGAGCCUUAUGUGCGCAGGAAAUCCUGUCAUUCGCGAACGACACGAAAUCCGAAUCCACUGCUCCAGAGUCAUUGAGUUCGAAAUGGAAGGGGCCGGAGUCUGUGGCAUUCUCCCAUAUGUGAUCAUUAAGGGCGUUUGUGACUACGCAGAUAACCAUAAGGAUACGAGGUGGCAGCGACGACGCACUCCAAGGUUAAAUGGAUGA